UCUUAGUUAAAAUAAAAAAAUUAUUUGUUCGGGAUUUUCUCUUAAAAUUCACGUUGACGCCACAUCAUCAAAAGCAAAUGUCAUCAGCGUCAGGCAUACGAAAGAGGCACCAUGAAAAAAGUGAAGUUUGUUUGACCAGGCCCAGUUACAGAAAUGGUCGACACCCCAAAGCUGUGAAGGUAUACACAGUUGGUCACGAAUCCAUCUACCUGUUGGUUAGAAGGUUGUCCUCAGUGCCAGGCAGCUACGAGGGACUGAUCAACAAGAUGAAGACCUUUGGAGAUGUGCUGGAUCACAAGAUACUGACCGACUACCCCAAAGAUGCAUCAGAAACCUUCACAGAUGUUGCAUUGGUCAAGUUUAAAAAACUUGUUUCAGCAAGAAUAGCUAAAAAACGAAUGGAUGAUUUGAACUACAUGGGAGAAAGUUUACACUGCUGUUACGCUCCUGAGUUUGAAACCGUGGAGGAGUGUAGGGAAAAGUUGGAAACUCGGAGGAUGGCAGUGUUAAAGAAGCUGAAUGAAGAGAAGUUGAGUUGUAGCGAUGUUGUUGUCUCCAGCGAUAUCCGUGUUGGUUCUGAUUACUUAAGGAAUUCAAGAAAUGAUGACAUCAAAGGAAUGGAUGGUUCUCAUGGAAAUCAUAACGUGACUGAUGCAUCAUCCGAACAACUCACUUCCAACUCGUUUCUUCAUUAUCCUCAUAUCUCUCAACAACCACAACCUCAGCAACAUCAUCAGUUAUAUCAACAGCAGCUGCAGCAACAACUUCAGUUUCAACAACAAAUUCAACAACAGUUUCAGCAACAAAUUCAACAUCAACAACCACAUCCGCAAAGCCAGCUAUCUUACUUUCACCCUCAGUUUGAUCCCGUUCCAUUCCUGUCUUCACCAUACCAACAUCACCAAGAGUUGCAUCCUCAAAGUUUCCACCAACAGCA